AUGUCUUCAGAUUGUCUAGAAGUAGAACAAAAAGAUUCGAAAUGUUAUUCGGACUCUCCAAGAGCCCAAUUCUCUUCGUUAUCAUGGCCUGCACGGAUUAAGGCUGUAUUCUGGGGUAAUCCUCCCGAAGAUAUGGCCGAGAGGAAGCUGCUUUUGAAGAUCGAUUUACUAGUUAUGUCUUUUGUGUGUUUGAACUAUUGGAUCAACUACGUUGAUAGAUCGAAUAUAGCAAAUGCUUACAUUUCGGGGAUGAAGGAAGAUUUGAAUAUGACAGGCGAUGACUUCAACGUCAUCAACACGGUUUUUUACGUGGGAUAUAUUGUGUCUAUGGUUCCUAACAACAUUAUGUUGUUGAAGGUUCCACCCCGCUACUGGCUUUCCUUCUGUUGUUUUGCUUGGGCGAUGCUUACGUUGGGUUUCUAUAAAGUUACCUCGUAUAAGCAAAUGUGUGUUAUCAGGUUUUUUCAAGCAUGCUUUGAAAGCUCGACAUUUGCAGGAACUCACCUUAUUUUGGGAUCUUGGUAUAAGGAGCAUGAGAUCAACACAAGGAGUGCGACAUUUACAAGCAGUGGUCUGAUUGGCAUAAUAUUUUCAGGAUUUAUGCAAGGAGCAAUCUACACCUCCAUGGAUGGCAAGAGAGGAUUAGCAGGAUGGAGAUGGCUUUUCAUCAUUGAUUUUCUAAUAACUCUCCCAAUCUGUUUUAUGGCCUUUUAUGCUUUCCUGGCAGUCCAGACAAUAUGA